CCCGCCUGCGUCCUCUGGGGGCGGGGCGGUGCUCUACGCGUGAAACGUGAGUGGUGUCGGUGGUCUCGGUGGUUUUGCUGGUCAUGGCGACUCGUAGAGCUCUGCACUUCGUGUUCAAAGUGGGAAACCGCUUCCAGACAGCGAGUUUCUAUCGUGAUGUCCUGGGGAUGAAGAUUCUGCGGCAUGAGGAAUUUGAUGAAGGCUGCAAAGCUGCCUGUAACGGGCCUUAUGAUGGGAAGUGGAGUAAAACAAUGGUGGGAUUUGGGCCUGAGGAUGAUCACUUUGUUGCAGAACUGACUUACAAUUAUGGCGUGGGAGACUACAGGCUUGGCAAUGACUUCCUGGGAAUCACACUCGCUUCCAGCCAGGCUGUCAGCAAUGCCAGGAAGCUGAAGUGGCCGCUUAAUGAAGUUGCAGAAGGUGUUUAUGAAACUGAAGCCCCAGGAGGAUAUAAGUUCUUUUUGCAGAACCGCAGUCCACCUCAGUCAGAUCCUGUAUUAAAAGUAACUCUAGCAGUGUCUGACCUUCAGAAGUCCUUGAACUAUUGGUCUAAUUUACUGGGGAUGAAAAUUUAUGAAAAAGACGAACAGAAGCAAAGGGCUUUGCUGGGCUAUGCUGAUAACCAGUGUAAGCUGGAGCUCCAGGGCAUCAAGGGGGCAGUAGAUCACGCGGCAGCUUUUGGACGAAUUGCCUUUUCUUGCCCCAAGAAAGAGUUGCCAGACUUGGAAGCCUUGAUGAAAAGGGAGAACCAGAAGAUUCUGACUCCCCUGGUGAGUCUGGACACUCCUGGGAAAGCAACAGUGCAAGUGGUCAUUCUGGCUGACCCUGAUGGACAUGAAAUUUGCUUUGUGGGGGAUGAAGCAUUUCGAGAACUUUCUAAGAUGGAUCCAGAAGGAAGCAAAUUAUUGGAUGACGCAAUGGUGAAAGAUAAAAGUGAUGAAUGGUUUGCUGUACGAAAUAAACCAAAGGCUUCAGGUUAACAGAAGACAUCACGUGAAACAAGCAUUUGUGAUUCCUGUCGAACACCUGUGAGGCCUGACGUAUGCAUUGUAUGAUAAGUGCUCUCACAACUUGGUUGUUUACUGUACAGGCAAGGAGGCUGGAGUGGUAAAGAUUUGUGUAUGUUAAUCUUCGAAAGCUCUGAUGAUGUUUUAGAAAAUCCUAUCAGUCCAUUUAGAGGAGCACCCUUACUGUAAUCUGCACUGUCACUGGAGGCGCACAUUCUGUGUGUAACUGUAUUAGAUUAGUAAUAAAUCACUCUCCAGCCUGGGAUGGCUAUGUGGAACAAUACCUCUGGUUGGGGAUGGAGAAAAUUUUGAUAACCAUGUAGAUUUAAUGAGAACAACUAAAUCCAAAUAAAUCCAACUCAGUUGCUUACAGCAGGAGUACUUCCAGCAUCUGACGACAGUUUGCUCUUCGAAUGUCUUACUCUGGCAGACCUUUACGUACAAAAAUUUUUAAAGAAAUUUUGUGUUUUGAACCAAAAGAUUUUGGUUACACUCCCACAUUCCUUGCUUUAAAAUUUUGGGUAGCCAGAGAAAACAGAUGGAAGGAUCAAAUGUGUCGUGUUGCUACAUGCCUGGCUCUGUGCUAGUUUCUUUAUAUAUACAUAUAUACUUAAUCCUCAUAAGAAGAGAACAUGUUAGAUUUCUUAGUAGAUUAGAUGAUUUCUUCAGCCUGAAAAAAAAUUUUUUUUAAAUAUUUGAUUCUGCAGCACAAAUCAAUUUUAAUAACUGGAAACAAUUAAGUUGAGCAUAGUUAUUAUUAAAUAUCUUUUGAAAUUAUGCUUCUGAAAUCAAACUGUCAAAACCCGUCUGUAAGACUCAUUAUUUAAAAAGUGGUGGCCAGGUUCAAACUUCAGGGAAAGAAACUGAGGAGAUUGGAAAGGGUUGACUCAGAGGAUACCAGUUCCAGCAUAAUAUACAUGAAAUUACUUGUAAGUGACAGGCUCUGCUGUUCUCCCUUGCUGGCAGGGAGGGGUAGGGAAAUUUCAGCCUUAAAUUUCAGCUCACCUUCUUAUAGCAUGAUCUUACCUUCACUAAGAGAAAAAAUCCUUUCCUUGCUCCACAGUACAACUUCAAUUCUUGAUCUUAGGGAAGCAGCUCAGAAAAAAAGGAGUUUUCAAAGCAAACCAAGCUAUAUAUAUACUCCUUCUCUGGACAGUUAGUUCAACUUUUUUCCUACAUAUGGGGAAAUUAUGAUAUAAAUUUUGAAUAACCAGGUAAACUCUGUCUCUUUGACUAUGAUUUGUCAAUUCACAGAUUUUGUAUUAGAUUAUUAUGAAAUCAAUGACAUUUAUCUCUAGUAGUACUGUUCUGAAAAGAAAGUGUACUUUUCCCACGGUGGUAGGCUGCUAUGAUACGACCUUCUAAGUUUGUUACAAUAAAGUAAGUGCUUUAUGUAAGUACUAAACACUUAA